ACCUCGAAAGGUCAUUUGCAUCUCCACGGUUGGCUUGAAGCAGUCGAAUCUCGACGUCGGACCUAGGAGCGCUGAAACCCUAGUUCCUAACGUCGGCGCGCACAAGGCGAGCAGCAAGUUCGCCGAUCUUUUUUCCUUACGAUAAAUGCUGAUGGGAUACAUAGGAGCUUUGCAGCUGGUCCUAGGGCUUUAGAGGAGGUUUUUUUACAUGUAUGGAGCUUUUUGGAGAAAAUGCACCAUUGGAGCUUGUGGAGCACUGAGCACACCAAGGAUUGUUCUAUUGGUUAUAAAACAUACAUAUUCAGAGAUGAGUGGCCGUGCAGGCCGUACUAUAUAUGUUGGCAACCUUCCUUUGGAUAUCCGUGAAUGGGAAAUUGAAGAUUUGUUUCACAAGUAUGGCCGCGUGGUGAAAAUUGAGUUAAAGAAUCCGCCUCGACCACCUGGUUAUUGUUUUGUGGAGUUUGAAAGUUCACGGGAUGCUGAGGAUGCAAUCAGGGGACGUGAUGGACAUAAUUUUGGUGGUUCACAUUUGAAGGUUGAGCUUGCCCAUGGUGGUAGAGGGUACUCAUCUUCGAGUAGUCGAAGCAGUCGCUAUGGUGGUGGAGGUGGUGGAGGAUCAGGCAAAUUUGGGGUCUCACACAGAUCUGAAUUCCGAGUUGCGGUCCGAGGAUUACCUUCUUCAGCUUCAUGGCAAGAUUUGAAGGAUCAUAUGAGAAAGGCUGGGGAUGUGUGUUUUGCCCAGGUGUUUAGAGAUGGUGAAAGAGCUAUGGGCCUAGUUGAUUAUACUAACUAUGAGGAUAUGAAAUAUGCUAUUCGCAAGCUUGAUGACACUGAGUUCAGAAAUCCUUAUGGAAAAUCCUAUAUUCGGGUGAAAAUUUAUGAGGGAAGUAUGUCUAGGAGUCCAAGCAGAAGCAGAAGCAGAAGCAGAAGCCGUAGUAGAAGUCCCAGAAAAAGGAAGAGUCGAAGCAAUUCCUUGGACCGCCAUGCUGUGAAACGAGCUUCUAAAUCAAUCUCUCCGAGGCUCAAGUCUGCUUCCCCAGCCAGGUCAUCAUCGAAAUCCAGAUCAGCUUGAUCCUGUUAGGUUUGUUGAGUUCAGUGGGGUCGCUGCACCACCACAGCAUGCACCAUGCUGCCGUUCCCGGGAAGUAGCCAUCUUUCUUUAUCUACUAUGGACUGCAAUUUUGUGUCUACCAGUUAGUUCUGGAGCAUCGGAUUUUAAAAGUACAACUUCUUACUGUUGUGUUUAUUUAUCUUUAACUGCAUUUCUUUGAUAUGACGUUUGUAUUCUCUUCCAAUGUUUGUCAACAAAUUCAAACGAAAGCAUGAUAACGCUUACCUCCUCUGUUGAGGCUAAACAUCACCGCAAAACGCUCCUUUCCUUUC